AUGGCAGUUCCGCCACCCUCUGCACCACCUUGCCCUCCCGGUGAAGAGUUCGAGCUGCAUUUCAUCGGUGAGCUGGAGUUUGGCUGCGAAUUUCCAGGACUCUCCUCGGAUGAUGGGCUUUUCAUCGAUUAUGCCGCAGAAGCUGGAAGCGAUUGGCUGCCCAUCGCGAGGAAGGAGGGUUUCAUCGGCCAAACCCAGACAACCUACGCUGACGCAGAGGGAGUGUACGUCUUCAACCAUCCGCUCGAUUUCCAUUUCAUAGCGGAUUCGCUGGCUGGUUGGCCAAAGCUGCACGUGCAAGUCUUCAAACUGGAUGCAGCCGGUCGAGUGGAGACCGUGGCCUACGGCUCGAGCAUGCUGCCGAGCCUGCCGGGUCACACAGAGCUUACUUGUCGCACAUGGAGGCCGCUCAAGACCUCCGUUAUGGAGGAGGCCCGGAUGAAAAGCGGCGGCCACAAGCAUCACCAAGUAGUCUUCGCGCAGGCGAGGGCAGUGAGUGGAGUGCUCGGGAGCGACCCUGGCUCUUUGCCUGCCCCACGUGCCGACAUCCUCAACGACAAAGUCCCAGAAGUGCGUUCCAAGAUGGUGACUAAGACUUCUGGGAGUCUUUGCAUUUCGUUGGACACUAUCUUGCGAAAUGCCAACAAGCAUGGGGUUCUUCUGCAGCAUCGUCGUCGGUGA